AUGGCUCAACCACCACGACAGACAACGCCGUUCAACGCCAUUGGCAACAACAAGGCCCAAGACCACGCAACAAUGUUGAAUGGAGACAGCUCAAGCUAUAACAAGGUUGGAUAUAUUAACAGCAUCCAACAAGUGCAAAUCUUCCACCAGCAGGUCUGCGCAGCGGCUGGGGGGUCAUCACUGGGAAGUGAUCACCAUCUACAGGAAUCAGGAGUCAGCACCGUGGUGACCUCAGAGAAGCCAGAUCUUGACACCUACAUUGGGGAAUUUGUGGAGCUAGGCCGUCUUAUCAGUCUCGGCUACCAGAACCUCCACAGAACAGCAAAGCCAUAUCGGCCUUUCUUCAAAGAAAUCCGAACAAAGGUCACAGAGCAGGACCUGAAACUCGAAAGCCUCAACAGAAGCCUCGUCCAUGCUCUCCAGCAACGGAAAUCCUUUUUGAUCAGCGGCCCAAGUAUGCUCGAAGAAACGCUCAAAAGGAUAAGGGGGGCUGUCAACCAAGACAUGCAGCAGGCCCUUAGCAAAUGUGUUAUUGAGCUACAGGUAUCGUUACCACUGGACAAGGAUAACAUGCAAUCUUAUGGCAACUAA